AUGGCGUUGGCUAUCGGUGAUGGCAUCUUCGCCGCGACGAUCAAGGACGUGGCGGAUAUUUACACAGUGCCCAUCCCUGCACAUCGUAGGGGUAUUCAGAUGAAGAUAAAGAAAGAAAAGUUGGAUAUCCCGAUAUUUCGGGAGCCAGAGCAUACUGAAGACGGCUAUCGAACAUCUGAUAGUCAACCACUCAAGUCACGGACGUGGAGUCGCAUCCUGAAACGACUUGGAAUUCGGGCCGGUCAAGCGCAUAACCUGACACAGAAAGUGCUUCGCCGGGGCGGAAUCAACGCGAUCAACAACAAAGCCCCAUCGUCUGUUCGUGAUCAAAUUGCGGAUCAUGAAUCGAAUGCUGUCAAAUAUUACCUUAAUGAAGUAGUGGACUUUGACACCGCAGCAGCAUUUCACAAGCGACCAUCAAACGAAAUUGUGCAACGGGAACUCCGGUCGGCAACACUUUUGGCGGACCAUACCGCCCCCAUCGGCCUCACCGAUGCACAGUCUCGGAAGAUAUCACGGGACCCGGAAGUACGUCGCUUGAGAAGGAUUUCCCGGGGGCUCACAGCGAGGAUCCGUGCGAUGGGCCUCACUAUUAAGGAUGCAACAAGAACAGAGGCUGGUGAGCAGAAAAGGCGAGCAGAUGCGGAGCUGAACAGCAUGCUCACCUGUCUCCGAGACAAAGCCAAGGAGCGAAACCGAAAGAGACAUUUUAGGAAUACCGACACAGCAAUUUUUAAUCAACAAUAUGAGGGCACUUCCGAAGCCGUGAACAGCGACGGACAGAGUCAACUGCCUCGCUAUUACCAUUUCUCUGAACGGGCGGAGCUCGUCCGUCUUCUGUGCUACUCUGCACUCGCGGAAACAACAGAAAAUGCCCACCAUCGUCGGCUCGAGUAUGUACGACUUCUAGUCCGCUGGCAGCGUCGAAAGGAAAGCCCACGUCGAGGUAGGCAGGCAGCCAUCACCAUACAACAGAUGCCAACUCCGACACCACCGAAAGCCAGAAUUGUUCCCGAGAAAUAUCACCCCUUACAAUGUCCAUUUUGCCUCUCUGACACGCGCCUACCCCCAAUUGACCGUAUAAAGAGAAAAUGCAAAACGAAUAAACUGUGGGAUCAUGUGGAGAAUAUUCAUUGCCAGGAACUAGCUGCAUUUGACACAGGCAAUCGUCGUUGUGGGAUAUGCAGCAUAAGAGACAUUGACUUUUUACUUUCAAGCAGAAACGAGUUCAAGAAUCAUACCCAGAUGGUUCAUGGAAUCAGACUACGUCCGUGA